CUUAACAGCAUUUAUAUAAAACUCUGAUAUAACGGACACAUAUAGUUCGGCAAUUAAGAGAACAUGGAGAGAGAUGGUAUAGUACCUUUUGGGGUGAAGUUCAUGAAAACGCAAGAUGGCUAUUAUGUUGAUGUAUUCAAUGGCACCAAAACGCCUGCGAAGCAAUGUAACAGGAAGUUAAAAGUUAUGAUAGUGGUAGCGGCGCUUGUGUCUGUACUUAUUGGGGUAUGUGUAGUAAGUGGACUGGCCAUAGGAGGAUUCUUUAAAGAAUCGACCACUGGAAAACUACUUGGUGACACGGCAGCAGUGGAUGCAAAUAACACGUUGACAGCAGAACCCCAGUUCGAAGAAUCAACCACUGGGAAACCACUUGGUUACACGACAGCGGUAGAUGGAGAAAACACAUUGUCAGCAGAGCCCAAGUACGAAGAAUUGACCACUGGAAAACCACUUGAUGAAACGACAGCAGUAAAUGCAAAUACGAAUAACACAAUGACAUCAGAAUACAAGUAUAAAGUUCAAAAUGCUUCGAUUGUGACUACUGAUGGUAGAUGUGGACCAGCGUUUAACAACCUUGAAUGUCCCAUUAAUUCAACAAUACCUGGCUGGGGCCCUACAGUACAUCAUUGUUGUAGUAGAGGUGGAUGGUGUGGCAACACCGAGGCGCAUUGCAGUGGUAUCAAUUACAGAAGGCUGUACGCACCUACAGCUCAACACCCUUCAAAGGUGACGAUUGAUGGUAGAUGUGGACCUCUGUUCAAUAAUCUUGAAUGUCCCAUUAAUUCCUCUAUACCUGGCUGGGGCCCUACGAUACACCACUGCUGCAGUGAUGGUGGAUGGUGUGGCAAUACAGGUGACCAUUGUAGUGGUAUUAAUUACAGAGAACUGUAUGCACCUACAGAUAUGAUGACGUAAUAAUAAUGAAUAUGCUAUUACUUGGCAUUAAUAACAGCAAACACGGAUGAAAGGUGCAAAAGCAUUUGCCAAAAUGGAAAAUACAUGAAGCAGACAAAACGGCAUCAUCUCAAAGCACUUCAUAAUGAAUAAAACUCCCCCCAGAAAGUUAAUGGUUAUGAUAUGAAAAAAUGAGACAAUAGAACUGUGUUUAUUCAGUUUAUCAUAGAAGGCAGUUAAGACACUCCGAAAACGACACAAACAUUCAUUUAAAACUGAGAUGGAUUCACAGAGAAUAGGUUUGUCUCCAAACGAGCAUUUAAAGUGCCAUUCAAACAUUGAUAUAUUUGCAUCAGCUGAUCAAAACAGUUGACCCAGAAAACCUGUUACGCUUUCGGUCAGUAUUGUACCUGUCUGAUUGUCAUUUUACGUUUUAGAGCAAUAUCAAAUAGUCCAGGGUAUUGGCAGCGACUUAAUUUGGCAAACUUUAACAGUUUGUUAAAAUAAAACGUCCGCCAAAGUAAGUAGAAUAUAUAGUAUAUCCAAUUUGGCGAGAUCAUCAUAGGUCCGUCAUCAUCAUUAGCUAUCGAUGUUUCGAGUAAAGUUGAAAGUGUGAUCGAGAAUUUAUUUUUUAUUCAGUGAUUUAUUUGAGAUGUAUGCUUUUUUCAACAGAGAUAUGUAGACGAGCCGAAAAACAUCGUAAGAUUGUACUAAGGAUUCCGGUGAAAAUACAGGAUAAUGACAUAAGACUGUUAAUAAAAUUAUACCAUUCGAAAGCUUGAGAAUCAUUUCAUGAUCGUUGGGGGUCAAGCAGCAUUGGACCGUUUACAUGUAUAUGUUCAGUGACAACGAUGGCAACCAGCUCGUUUUGAAUAAAAUGCCAGCUUGAUCACAGCAUCAAAUACAAAAGAUUACAUGCUGUUAUUGAAAUAAACAUGCAGUUAUAAAUUA